CAAAAGACAGGGUGGAUGGCACCUGGCUUAAGGUCCUGUCUGAAGGUCCCUACCCUCUUGUCCCAUCAUAUGACUAAAUGCAUCUCUCAGACAUCACACAGCUUCAGCACUGACUGACAAAAGGGUGCAUCUGCUGACGAGGAAACACAGCAAAGAGAAAAGGCCUGUCAUCAGUUAACUGAGGGACCAAUCCUGUUCCGCUAGCAGGUGCCUAAGUCCCAGUUUUGUCUCCACUGCAAUCUACAAAACCAGUCAUAUCUGAGACACACUUGCCCUGAAGAUGGGCCUGGAACGUCUGGCAAGCCAGGCAAACCGCUCUCAGCUCCCUGACGUGACCACAGGUCUUCAGUUUUCAUACUACCCAGAUCUUGGCCUCCCUGGAGGAGCAGAACUUCACAGAGGCCUGGGGGAAGAAGGCGAAGGAACUCUAUGGCUCCAUCUGGAAGAAUUUCACAGACACUCAGCUGAAGAGUAUCAUUGGCUCCCUCCAGACUCUGGGGCCUUCCAACCUGCCCCUGGACAAGCGUCAGCAGUACAACACCAUCCUGAGCGAGAUGGACAAUAUCUAUUCCACCGCCAAGGUGUGCCCUCCAAACCAGACCUCCAGCUGCUGGGCUCUGGAGCCAGAGAUAACCGACAUCAUGGCCAACUCCCGCAGCUACAAGAAGCUGCUCUACGCCUGGGAGGGCUGGCACAGCUCAGCUGGAAAGCCCCUGAGGCCCAAGUAUGAGGAGUUUGUGACGCUGAGCAACGAGGCCUACAGGAUGGAUGGUUUCAAGGAUACCGGCGCUUACUGGCGCUCCUGGUACGACUCGCCCACGUUUGAGGACGAUCUGGAGGAACUCUACCACCAGCUGGAGCCGCUCUACCUGAACCUCCACGCCUUUGUCAGGAGGAAGCUGUACGAACGCUACGGCCCCAAGUACAUCAACCUCCAGGGCCCCAUCCCUGCUCAUUUACUGGGCAACAUGUGGGCCCAGCAGUGGAACAACAUCUACGAUAUGAUGGUCCCCUUCCCUGGUAAACCCAACCUGGAUGUCACCAGCACCAUGGUGCAGCAAAACUGGAACGCGACGCACAUGUUCCGGGUCGCCGAGGAGUUCUUCACCUCGCUGGGCCUGCUGGGGAUGCCGCCCGAGUUCUGGGAGAAGUCCAUGCUGGAGAAGCCGGCGGACGGGCGGGAGGUGGUGUGUCACGCUUCCGCCUGGGACUUCUACAACCGCAAGGACUUCAGGAUCAAGCAGUGCACCACCGUCACCAUGGAGCAGCUCUUCACGGUGCACCACGAGAUGGGCCAUGUUGAGUACUACCUGCAGUACAAGGACCAGCCAGUCACCUUCCGCAGCGGGGCCAACCCCGGCUUCCACGAGGCCAUCGGCGACGUCAUGAGCCUGUCGGUCUCCACCCCCGGCCAUCUCAAGAAGAUCGGGCUCCUCAGCCAAGUCACCCAGGAUGCAGAGAGUGACAUCAACUACCUGCUGAAAAUGGCCUUGGAGAAGAUUGCCUUUCUCCCCUUCGGUUACCUCAUCGACCAGUGGCGCUGGAAUGUCUUCAGUGGCCGCACCCCCCCUAGCCGCUACAACUACGACUGGUGGUAUCUGAGAACUAAAUAUCAGGGCAUCUGUCCUCCCAUUGCCAGGAACGAAACCAGCUUCGACCCUGGUGCAAAGUAUCACAUCCCCGGCAACACCCCCUACAUCAGGUACUUUGUGAGCUUUAUCCUGCAGUUCCAGUUUCACAAGGCCCUGUGCCAAGCGGCCAAUCACACCGGCCCCCUGCACACCUGUGACAUCUACAUGUCCAAAGAGGCGGGAGCGAAACUCGGUGAGGUGUUGAAAGUUGGCUCUUCCAAGCCGUGGCAAGAGAUCCUCUUCAAUCUGACUGGCACGGAGAAGAUGGACGCUGGGGCCUUACUGGAGUACUUCAGCCCUGUGACAGAGUGGCUUCAGAAACAGAACACCGAAAGGAAUGAAACACUGGGCUGGCCGGACUUCGAGUGGCGCCCGCCUGUCCCUGAUGGCUACCCUGACGGCAUCGAUAAAAUAGCGGAUGAAGCCCAAGCCCAAGCCUUCUUGGCGGAGUACAACAGCACGGCCGAAGUGGUGUGGAACGCCUACAGCGAGGCGUCCUGGGCGUACAACACCAACAUCACGGACUACAACAAGCAGAUCAUGCUGGAGAAAAACCUGGAGAUGUCAGCCCACACCCUGAAGCACGGCACGCAGGCCCGGCAGUUCGACUACUCUGACUUCCAGGACCAGAGCGUCAAGCGCAUCCUGAAGAAACUGAGCGACAUUGAGAGAGCCGCCCUGCCUGAGCUGGAGCUGAAGGAGUACAACAACAUCCUCUCGGACAUGGAGACCACAUACAGCGUAGCCAAGGUCUGCAAGGGACAGGACAAGUGCUAUCCAUUGGAUCCUGACCUCACCGACAUCCUAGCCAAGUCGCGGGAUUACGAUGAGCUCCUCUUCUCCUGGAAGGGCUGGCGGGACGCCUCCGGGAAGGAAAUCAAAAGCAAAUACAAGAGAUAUGUGGAGCUGAGCAACAAGGCAGCCAGGCUCAAUGGUCACACGGACAACGGGGCCUUCUGGAGAUCCCUCUACGAAACGCCCACCUUCGAAGCCGACCUGGAGCGGCUCUACCAGCAGCUGCAGCCCCUGUACCUCAACCUCCAUGCCUACGUGCGCCGCGCCCUCUACAAGAAAUACGGGGGGGAGCGCGUCAACCUGAAGGGCCCCAUCCCAGCUCACCUGCUCGGGAAUAUGUGGGCCCAGUCGUGGUCCAACAUUUUUGACCUGGUGAUGCCCUACCCUAGUGCCACUAAAGUGGAUGCCACCCCGGCCAUGCAAACACAGGGCUGGACCCCGGAGAGGAUGUUUCGAGAGUCGGAUAAGUUCUUUACCUCCCUGGGCCUGAUCCCCAUGCCGCCGGAGUUCUGGGCCAAAUCCAUGAUUGAGAAGCCAGCCGGCCGGGAGGUGGUGUGCCACGCCUCUGCCUGGGACUUCUACAACCGCCAGGACUUCAGGAUUAAGCAGUGCACGGUGGUGAACAUGGAUGACCUGAUCACCGUCCACCAUGAGAUGGGUCACGUCCAGUACUUCCUGCAGUACAAGGACCAGCCCAUCUCCUUCCGCGACGGGGCCAACCCCGGCUUCCACGAGGCCAUCGGCGACGUCAUGGCCCUGUCGGUCUCCACGCCCAAGCACCUGCACAGCAUCAGUCUGCUGGAGCGAGUGGAGGAUAACAACGAGAGUGACAUUAACUACCUGAUGAGCAUUGCCCUGGAUAAAAUCGCCUUCCUGCCCUUCGGGUACCUGAUGGACCAGUGGCGCUGGAAGGUGUUUGACGGGCGCAUUCAGGAGGAUGAAUAUAACCAGCAGUGGUGGAACCUCAGGUUGAAGUACCAAGGGUUGUGCCCACCUGUGCCCAGGUCGGAGGAUGACUUUGAUCCUGGUGCGAAGUUUCACAUCCCGGCCAACGUUCCCUAUGUCAGGUACUUUGUCAGUUUUGUGAUCCAGUUCCAGUUCCACCAAGCCCUCUGCAAAGCCGCCGGUGACACGGGGCCCCUGCACAAAUGUGACAUCUACCAGUCCAAGGAAGCCGGAACCCUGCUGGCGAACGCCAUGAAGCUGGGUUACAGCAAGCCCUGGCCGGAGGCCAUGCAGCUCAUCACGGGGCAGCCCAACAUGUCGGCCGACGCCCUGAUGACCUACUUCAAGCCGCUGACGGACUGGCUGAUCCAGGAGAACACCAGGAACGGGGAGACCCUGGGCUGGCCCGAGUACAACUGGACGCCGUACGCGGGUUCUUCCAACUCCAGCGGAGGGGGUCAAGCGCCGUCUAGUGCCAGUGCCAAAGUCAGUUUCCUGGGGAUGUCACUGGAUAGCAAGCAAGCCGCCGCGGGCCAGUGGGUCCUGCUUGUCCUCGGACUCCUCCUCCUCCUCGCCACCAUCGUCCUGGGAGUCAAAUUCCGCUCCUCAAGGAGAAGGGCUCACAAAUCCAGCUCGGAAAUGGAACUGAAGUAAUGCCGAACCUCACUCCUUUCCUUUGCCAUGUGUGCCCACAUGGGCCUAAUGUGUGCGUGCGUGCGUGCAAGGUGUGUGUGUGUGUGCGUGCAAGGGUGUGUGCGCGUGUGUGCAAGGAUGUGUGCAUGCGUGUGCAAGGUAUGUGCACGUGCAAGGUGUGUGUGUGUGCAAGG